AUGAUUGAAAAGACAGAUGACGAGCGAGACGUCGAAGCCAUCGCCAAAUUUCACGCUCUGUUUCUCGACUUAAUUGAAACGUUUAACUGCAUACAAGGCUGGCAUUUCUUUUACACGAUGAUCAUCUGCAUCCUAUUCACUUUGAUCAUCGUACAGGAUAUGCUAGAGCCGGACUUCGUUUGGGACACGCAGGUUUUCCUUCUCUACAUCUCCUGGUUUGCAUUUGUUUACG